AUGCCAAACAACGAAACAACCUUCGCAUGCCAUUCACCAGAACGCAUGCAAGAAAGUCACGAUGAAGACUCUCUCAUCUCAUUCCUUGCAUUAUCCUUCCAAUCUUCCCCAAGACCAGCUCCUCGAAUGCCAUCCUUUGUUCUUCCUACUUCUACUUCUACUCCUCCCUACCAAAGUCAAUUGGAAAUUCUUACCGCAGCAGUGGAAAUUACUCGAGAAAGCUCCCGUGAGAUCGAAGAUCACUUCCAGCUUACCGAUAAGAAGGCUCCUCUUUCGCAUGGGCCAAAGCAGUAG